AUGAAAAAGGAAGGAAUCCAGACGCGCAACCGGAAGAUGUCGACGAAAGAAGCGCGAAAGAUCAAGAAAGAGUCGACAGGCUCAAACGGCUCCGCCUCGCUGGGAAUGACGACGCCGACGGCUGCGGGACUCACGUCGAACCUCGACCUGGCCGAUCCGUCGUCCGUCUGGGGCAUGAAGAGCACGCAGCCGAUGCUGAUGGUGGCCACCUACCCAUUCCCCACCUCGAACUACUUCUUCACUGGUCGAACAGGCGCCUGA